AUGAAGAAACAAAGUUAGAAAGAGGAAAAAAGAGUUGAGCCUAAAGUAGGAUUGUUAGGGACAUAUGAUAAUUUAACCAGAGAGUAAUUAAUUGAAAAACUAUUGGUCACUGAAGAGAUAUUAAAGAAGUUAUAUAAGGAAAAUAAAGAACUCAAAGAAAUGCUCAAUAAACAAUAAAAUUGA